GGUCACUAUUGAUUGUAUGAUUGUGGUUAGAACUUUGUAGGAUUUGGACAAUGAUAUUUAUAGCAGACACUCCACAGUGCUAUAAUAAUGUAUAUACAUUUGUAAGCGUACUUGUAUAUGAUAAAACGGAUUAGUUUUUCCUCGUACACCAGAACACCAGGAAGUAUUCAUUUGUCAGUUGGAGGUAUUUUACUAAGCUUGUGUGUCCUUUGGAAUCUGUACUUUAUGUGAUCAGCUGUCAGGAGACUCAGCUGGGACUGUUUUACUGUGAUGAGUCGUAAAUACAAGUCUAGAGAACUGCCACCAGUACCGGGUCAAGAUAAGCCAACUGCCCGACCCAACCCCCAGGAUGGACCUGCAGGUGAGGUCCCAAUAGCUUCAGGCAGGGCCAAUGUCAUGUUAUAUGAUGAUGCCGCUAAGAAGUGGGUGGCUAGCGGCACAUCUCAAGGACUCUCCAAAGUCCAGAUCUACAGACAUACCACAAAUAACACAUUUAGAGUUGUGGGCAGAAAGUUACAGGACCAUGAGGUGGUCAUCAAUUGUGCAAUCAUACGUGGGCUGAAAUACAAUCAAGCCACACCCACAUUUCAUCAAUGGCGAGACAACCGCCAGGUUUAUGGUUUGAACUUUGCCAAUAAAGAGGAUGCCGAAUGCUUUGCUCAAGCCAUGGCUACUGCUUUAGAUACCAUCAAUAAUGCUGGUAGGCCUGGCCCCCCUGUUAUGCCACCUCCAGGGCCACCGAUGCAGCCCCAGCAAAAUGGACCAGAUACUGGGGAUUAUCAGAGACACCCAUCAGGAGGAGCACCCCCAUCUUCUCAGUACAGUCAUAUGCAGCCAAUGGAGCAGGCCCAACCAAACAUUCCACCACAGGCACCACCGCAACCACAGGCCCCACCAGGACCACCCCCUGCUCCCGCUGCCCCUGCAGCACCACCGGCCCCACCAGCCCCGGCAGCUCCCCCUGCCCCACCAGCUCCAGGAGCCCCUCCUCCUCCAGGGGCACCCCCACCCCCUGCAUCUGGACCCCCCAAGGCUCCAAGUGGAGGCGGUGGAGGAUUAGCUGCUGCUUUACAAUCAGCAAAGUUAAAGAAAGCACCUAAUGAAGAAAGUAGUGGUGGCAGCAGCAGCAGUGGCGGUGGUGGCAGUAGUGGUGGUGGUGGUGGGGGAGGAGGGGGAGGUGACUUUAUGAGUGACCUCGCCAAAAAACUCGCCAUGAGAAAGAAAGCAUCUCAGAAUGAUAUGCAGAGUGAGGGAUCUACUCCCCCAGAGGACAGAAGUAAGCGAGGGGGAUCCCACCCCCCACCACCUGCCCCUGCCAAGAUUGUAAACGGAAGCACAAAUUCACCCACACCAGUGAGAAAUUCCUCUGCUAGCACCCUUCCCCGGAAUUUUGCAAGGACCUCUUCAUCAUCUCCCUCCAUAUCCACAGAAUUCUCCAAUCGAAUUUCAGGAGAAGUUCAAACACGACCUUCAUUUAAUAAAGUGUUAUCGCGCCAGCCUUCAUUAACGGGUCAGGAAGCCACUUCCUCCUCUCAAGUAGUUACCAGUAAUGGGCCGAGUGACUUGGAAUCUCUGAAACAAGAAAUCCUUACAGAAAUGAGACAAGAAAUGAACAAAAUGAAGUCAGAAAUCAUUGCUGCCAUACAACAAGCAAUGAAUGCUAGAUAAAAAAAAAAAACAGUAUACAGCUAUUGUGGGCAAAUGGAUGUGUGUCUGAGUAUGCAGGGCAAGAGAGAAACGAGACUGGAUAUGACCAAAUUAUAUUGGUGCUUUAUUUUGACCAAUGAGUGGAAUUAUUGACUGGUUGUAAACCAGAUAAAACCACAUGUGAUUGGUGGCAUUGCUGACCCUGUGAUGUGUGAUCUGAUAUCUGCUGCUGGUACUACCACAGAAUUUUGUAGAAUUCAACACAGACAUUUUUUCUUCUCCUUGGUGAUUUCUACUAAAACCUCAUUGGUGUCUAUACCCACAUACCCAUAUUUCAUUUGGAAGGGAGCCAAAAGGAAGUUUGUCAAUCAAAUAGGAGGCUAUUUUAUUGGCCAGUUUUGUAUAAAUCAUUUUAUCUGAAAAAAAAUUACUUAAAACUUGUGCAAUGAUCCAUAAAUGUAUUUAGUUUCUGUGUAUGUGUACAAGUUAAUAUGUAAUGUUGAUAACAGUUACCAGUAACUGUUGUUACGGUAAUUUUUUUGUACUGUAAUACCACAGUAUAAUAAUUCAUGUAUAGUUAUUCAUUUAUGCAUGAACAUGAAGAAGAAACCAUAAAUAUGAUGAAAUUUCAUUCUUUCAGAAAAGCAAUGUUUUUGCUGGCUUGAAAAAUGGGAUGUAGAUUAGUCCUGGUUAUUUGAAAACUUCUUUUUAUUGUUUACAACUCAUGAUUUAUUUUUUAAUACUGAUUUAAAGUAUUAGUUAUUUAUACCCAAGUUACUGCUUUAUAUUUUGCUAACCAUAGUUUUACAUUAGUUCUUUUUCAUUUGAUAACAUUUAUGUAAGAUUUUAUGUGAUAUCUGAUCCUUACAAAUCAUGCAAUUUACUCCAGAAAUAUAUGUAAUUGAAAAAAUAUAUGUAAUUGAAAAACAUUUUUUUAAUCACAACUUAAACAGUGUGUAUAGAUUAAAAUUACUCAAAAAAAUGAUAACAUUUUAAAUUUGGUUUUCAAGUUGACAAACACUUGAGGAAGAUUUUAAGAAAAUUAUAUUCGAUAAAGGAUAUAGUCUUAUAUAUAUUUCAGAAAUUUCAAUUUUCCAUUUAAAGUGGUUAAUUUAAUGAAUACCAGGUGUAUGAUUUUCAAAUAAUUUUCAAGUCUAAUCUUCAAUUUUGUGAUAUGGGUUAUACUGUAUGAAUGUUGCUACUUGAACAAAGCUUGAAUCAUAAUGUAGAAGUUAUUUUUCUUUUUUUUUUUUAAAUGUAGAAGCAGAAAGAUAUGCUUAUGAAAUGAUUUUUGCAAUUACAAAUCAUUUUACAUCAAAAGAUGUCUUAUUGGAAAGUAUUUUAAGUGAAAAUAAGGCCAAAAAUUUAUCUUUGGAUCCCUGAAGCUGAUUUCUCUUUGCUCAAAAAUCAUGUAGGUCUUAGCUUAUUUUAUUGGAUCUCAAGAACAGCAUACAUGUUUGUAUUGUGCAAUGUAGACCAGUAGUGCUCAAGUAGAUUUGGUUUAUAUAGAACAAUCCUUCAGAAUUGUAAACUUGUUGAUAUUAAAAAUAUUUUUAAGUUGUAUAAUAAUGAAAAAAAACUUGAAGAAAGUAUGGGUAAAAUUAUUCUACAAUCCUAGUAAAUGGAAAACAGGAAAAUUCUCAAGAUUUUUUAGGGGGGUAAAGGAUUUGGAAGUUAAUGAGAAAUACAGCUACAAAUACCUGAAUGCUUUUGAUAUUUGUAUUCUGCUUUAACACUUUUUUUGCAUAAUGAGUUCCUUCUUUGGGGUAAAUCAUUUUUACCAUCUUUUGCACCGUAGUUUUCUUGUAUGACGUGGUUCUCAUUUUUUGAUAUUGGUUUCAAUCACGUUUCAUCCUUGGCAACUAAAUAUUAAUGUUUACCUUUUAUCAUUUUCACAAAGCAUCUGUAGGGACCAUAACUUUAAAAAGGUGUUCAUUAUAUGUGACUGAAAUUUUAUAUGUACCUGUUUUCAGUCAUUUAUUAAUUCUAGUAUUUUCUACAGUGGAUAUUAAGUGUACAUGUCAUUAAAACACACAAAAGGGAAAUGUUUUUCUAGACAGGAAAAAAUAAUAGAUUUUUAAGGAAAAAAAAAAGAUAAUGGUCUUCAGGAGGUAAAAUUGUUUUUUUAAAAAAAAAUGGCAGGAAAUUUAUUUAAUUGCAGUGACCCGGUCCUUUUUAUUCAGCAUUAACAUUCUAGGAUAACAUUGUACCUCUUAAACAAUCCAGGUUCUUCCGUACAAGAUGUUUGUAUGCUAUUUAUUGAUAUGUGUUCUGUGAUUGAUAGAACAUUUUUUGUGUUAUUUUUAUAGCUGCUCAGUGGAAGUGCUUAAAUUGACAUACAGUACAUGAAAAAAUGGGAUUUUAAAAAAUUCUCAUCAAUAUAUAUAUUCAUUUUACUAUAUGAAAUGCUACAGAAGACCAAUCCCUUUGUAAAAAAAAAAAAAGAUAUUUAUUAUACAAGUUGCACUUGACUCGAAUUAACCUUGUGAAUGGUUUAAUGUUAUCACUAUAAUUACAAGUAUUUUUUAAAUGUUUGAACCAUGUACUGUUCAUUCUAUAGUAGAUGAUGUAGUAUACACACCAUAAUGAUGUUCAACUGUACCCUGUAAAUCUGUGUUACCAUUGUCUUAAUGUAAUACUUGAUAAAAUUUAAAUAUCUGGCUUAUAUAAUAAAUCUGUAAAAAUGA